CCAACUUUUCUUCUUGCAUGAUUUCCCUCGCACGGAUUUGCUACUCGGAUGUUGUUUCCUCGGGAGCUGAGCUCGGAGCCACGUUGAACCAGCCUUUUCCUCCAGUGCUAUGACAGGCAAACUACUGGAGAAGCUGCCGGGGACCAUGAACACUUUGAUGAACCAAUUGCCUGACAAUCUGUACCCAGAGGAGAUCCCCAACUCUUUGAAUAUCUUCUCCAGCACCAGCGACUCGGUGGCUCACUACAACCAGAUGGCUGCAGAUAAUGUUAUGGACAUUGGCUUAGCGAACGAAAAGGCCGGUCAGGAAUUGUCCUCCUACUCGGGCACUUUUCAACCCGCCCCGGGCAACAAGACUGUCACCUACCUGGGGAAAUUCGCUUUCGACUCGCCCUCCAACUGGUGCCAGGACAACAUCAUCAGCCUGAUGAGCGCCGGCAUCCUGGGGGUGCCGCCGUCCUCGGGCGCGCUCACCAGCACGCAGAGCUCGGCGGGCAGCAUGGGGCCGCCGCAGGGCGAGGUGGACCAGAUGUACCCCGCGCUGCCGCCCUACUCCUCCUGCAGUGACCUCUACCCAGAGCCCGUCUCCUUCCACGACCCCCAGAGCAACCCUGGUCUCACCUAUUCCCCCCAGGAUUACCAGGCGGCCAAGCCCGCCUUGGACAGCAACCUCUUCCCCAUGAUCCCAGACUAUAACCUCUACCACCACCCCAACGACAUGGGCACCAUCACGGAGCACAAACCCUUCCAGAGCUUGGACCCCAUCCGCGUCAACCCGCCCCCCAUCACCCCGCUGGAGACCAUCAAGGCCUUCAAGGACAAGCAGAUCCACCCGGGUUUCGGGGGGCUGCCGCAGCCACCCCUCACCCUCAAGCCCAUCCGACCCCGCAAGUAUCCCAACCGGCCCAGCAAGACGCCGCUCCACGAGCGGCCCCACGCCUGCCCGGCCGAGGGUUGCGACCGCCGCUUCUCCCGCUCCGACGAGCUCACCCGCCACCUCCGCAUCCACACGGGCCACAAGCCCUUCCAGUGCCGCAUCUGCAUGCGGAGCUUCAGCCGCAGCGACCACCUCACCACCCACAUCCGCACCCACACCGGCGAGAAGCCCUUCGCCUGCGAGUUCUGCGGCCGCAAGUUCGCCCGCUCCGACGAGCGCAAGCGGCACGCCAAGAUCCACCUCAAGCAGAAGGAGAAGAAGGCCGAGAAGGGCUCUGGUGGGCAGCCCCCCGCCGCGCCCCCCGCCGCCGCCGCCACCACCUCGCCCCCCGUCGCCCUCGCCCCCGCCGUCACCACGUGCGCUUGA